CCACCACCCCCUGAAUUAGUGUGUCCGUCGAUUCCCAAAGUAGAAGAUCAAGAGAGAGAGCUGCUGAAUCUAACUUAGCCUACAUAACAACCCGUUGCAAUAACAGGGGGUUUCGAGGUACGAUACUGUCACAUUGGGACCUUUUCUCCUUCCCAGCAAAAGGUGGUGGUUCCAUGCGGAGUGAACGGGCAACAGACGGGACGACUUUUCUCGGUCGUCGCUGGAGAUAAAUGAACAAGUUUUGAAAGUCGACUGGCGCUGCUGUCGUUGUUUUUCUGCUAGCAUCUCCGCGAAUCAUGUGGUCCUCCCCCCUGUGUACCCUCCUCCUCGCCGCCUCCCUCGGUUGGCUGUCAGCUUUCCUGAUGGACGACGAUCACAUGACAUCGUCAGCUCCGUCCAGCCCCCACUUCACAGCGUGUGUUUCCAGGGACCAGGCCACCUUCCGCUGCUGGUGGAGCGAGGGCAGCUUCCACAACCUCUCCCAGCCUGGGGCCCUCAGGGUCUUCUACCGCUACAAGAAAAAUUCUCCUUGGAAAGAGUGUCCGGAGUACAUCCACUCCAACAAGGAAUGCUUCUUCGACAGCAACCACACCACCAUCUGGACCUCAUGCUGCGUCCAGCUGCGUUCCCACGACAACGUCACUUACUUCAACACGGAGCACUGCUUCUCCGUGGAGAACAUCGUCCGUCCCGAUCCCCCGGUGGCGGUGAACUGGACCCUGCUGGGCGUGAGUCCGUACGGGCUGCACUAUGACGUCAUCGUCACCUGGGACCCCCCGGCCUCCGCAGACGUGAGCAUGGGCUGGAUGAGUCUGGCCUACGAGGUCCAGUACAGGAGGUGGAACAGCAGCGAGUGGACCGUGGUGGAGGUGCAGGGGGGCACUCAGCAGACCCUCUACGGCCUGAACGUUGAGGAGGAGUACGAGGUGCAUAUCCGCAGCAGGAUGAAGGCCUUCACCAAGUUCGGCGGCUACAGCGACUCCAUCUUCAUCCAGCUCGCAAACUAUCCUGGCAGAGAGAGCAUCUUUCCUGUUGCGCUGGUGCUGGGGAUCCUGGCAGUGGUCAUCCUCCUCAUGCUGCUUCUCUUUUCUCAACAACAAAGAUUAACUUUGCUGCUGUUACCCCCCGUGCCCACACCUAAGAUUAAAGGGAUAGAUUCAGAAAUGCUCAAGAAGGGGAAGUUCGAGGAGCUGAACUUCAUCCUGAGCGGCGGGGGCAUGGGCAGCUCCUGCACCCCCCUCUUCUACCAGGACGAGCCCCUGGUGGACUGCAUCGAGUUGGACCCCCUGGACCCCGCCGACACUGGUGACAAGGGUGGCCAGAGCUCGGAAGCCCAGCGGCUCAUUGGGGGCCGUCAAGCGUCGGGCCGGCCCACAGUCGGGGGCCUCAGCCACACCCUCAGCUUCUGUGAUGAGGAUGACGACAGCGUGGUGGGCGACCCCCCCAACCAGGAUGCUCUCUGGACGCUGCUGACCACCCCCAGCCCCAGCCCCACCUCAGCCCUGCUGCUGCCCGGCCAGCCUGAGCUGAAGCAAGGGUUCCCGGGGGGCAGGGAUCCAGACCCGAGCCUGGCCCACGAUGGAGCCCCGCGGCCCCAGGCCUGGCUCAACACCGACUUCUACGCCCAGGUCAGCGACGUGAUGCCCUCCGGGGGCGUGGUCCUGUCUCCCGGCCAGCAGCUGAGAGCCCAGGAGUCCACCGCCGCACGGGAGGGGCAGAAGGAGAAGGAGGAGGAGGAGGCAAAGAAGAAGAAGUUGGGAGCGCAGAUCGAAGGCGAGGGGAAAGAUCCAGUGGGAGACGAGGAGCCAGAGCAGCAGUUCCAGCUGGUGGUGAUGGCGGCGGAUCCCGUCGGCGACGGUUACACCACAGACGCCAUGAACUGGCAGACGGGCGUCGUCAACGGCUACCACACUCUCCCCGCCGAGAGCGUGGGAGACGUCAUUGCGCCCAGUGUGGCCGUGAAGUCGGCGGAGGACUACCAGCCCUCCUACAUCCUCCCCGACGCCUCCCCCACCCCAGCCCGCUAUCUCCCGCCGGUCUCGGACUACACCAUAGUGCAGGAGGUGGACUACCAGCACAGCUUGAUCCUCAACCCACCACCCCCCCAGGCCCCUGCACAUCAGUGCCUGCCCCUGCACCCACUCAAACCCCUGACCCCCAUGCCGGUGGGGUACAUCACCCCGGACCUGCUGGGAAGCAUUACACCCUGACGAGAUGAUUGAUUGAUCCCUUAAAGCGCAACACCCCGCCUGGAAUAAUCCUCUUGUCACACAGAUACACACACACACACGCACACAC